AUGAGUCGUCGGGUGGGCAACCUGACGGCCGAGCAAGCCGAGAAGAAGCGGGCGAUCGACCGGGAUAACCAGAGGCACCACAGGGCCAAGAACAAGGCCUACAUACGGACGCUUGAGGAAAAGGUCGCUGAGCUGACCGCCCGACUUGCAGAGGCUGAGGCUUUGCUCGAGCAGUAUCGAGCACGCGACAAUGAGCAACUCCCAUCAUUGUCACAUUCGUCAGCGACCGAUUGGACAGCUUCAACGCAACCGACAAGCACCGAUGGCGAGGUUGAGGCAUCGACGUCAGUGCCACUCCUAUCUGAAGAAAGCAUCAAGAGCUAUCUUGACUCCCUCCCUCUGGAUCUUGGCACAGGCAUGACCAUCCACUCCUUCGGCGCAGCUCAAGAUCUGAACUUUCUGGACUGGGACCUCGCGGGUGUCAUGGGCAACCUGUCGCCCCCGAUGGAGGCACCGAGUACGGAUCUGCCUUCAUACGACACAACCCUAGGCUCAUGGGACAGCACGAGCAGCCAAAACCAGACACCCGAAUGGCAGAUGAUGCCUCUCUAUAUUCCGGCCACAACAAAGUUGGACGAGGUCAUCAUCAGCACGGCGGCAGCCUGGCGAGCACGUCUCCACAAAGACGAAGAACUCGAAAAACCCGCCUUCCCUAGCAUCAACUCUUUACUCAACCGCCCAAGCAACGUUGAACAGGGCUUACCUGGGACCUUUUCCGAAACUGUGGCGGCUCAAGUCUGGCGGUCCCCGAUAAAGACACUCCCCGAGCGCAUUGGAUUCAUGUACAAUUUGUCUCAUCUGAUACGCUGGCUCGUCUGCCGCACCAAGGAAACAUACGAAAAAAUGCCACCAUUUCUCAGACCGACGGAGCUACAAAGGACAGUGCCCCAUGCCGCAUGGAUCAGCACCGUUACCUCGCCAGACGCCCGGGAUGCACUCAUCAAGCACAUGGACCUGAGCCGCUUCGAGGAAAUAAGAAGAUUAGCCGGAGGAUCGCUGUCGGUCAGCUGGCCGUAUCCAGACUCGACUGCGUUUGUAGAGUCCCCGGAUAAGCAGAGUUUGAUGUUGCAUCCUGCAUUUGAGGCGCAUCUUCGAAGGAGGGAGAACUGGGUAGUUAGUAAAGAAGUGUGUAGGGCGUUUCCUUUCUUGGAACCGUUUAUUAAUUGGAGAGAGUGA